CAUGUGAGGUGCCAAUUACCCUUCUGAAAUUAUUAUUGAGUGCGUGUGCUGCCUGCCUGUUUAACUGGACCUCAGUGCCUCCUCGGAGUUCCUCCCUGCACCAUCUCAACCACACUGCCCUUCACCAUGCUCACCGCAUAUACUUUGGAAAAUUAAAGGUUUUAUUUUGUUUUUGUCCGUUGGAUUUGCUUAAUGAGGUUCCAACUGUGGAUUGUAUGGGGGGACUAACAAGCCGGGCAGCAUUAACAUCAAACAGGUGGAACCACCGCAACGGGACAGGACAGGGUCAGCACAAGCUUCUACAGCAGGUCGCAUUAUGACAAAUGAAACUGAAGAUUCUGGAGCAGGUCCCAUCACUAUGGACGUCCAUAAUCAAGAAGGUGUGCACUUGACACCUCCUGGGGUCGUAAACCACGGCUUCAUGAGGGUCUUAACGCGUCCUACACAGUGGCUGAUCAUUAUUGCUCUUCUAAUCUCCUGGUCAGCAGCUGGAAUUUUCAUGUUCGACUUUGUGAGUGACGAGCAGCUGACCCAUUUACAGCACAUAAGUUCAGAUCCCAUGACAGCGGUGAACGAAGCUGUUGAGGGAUUUUCAGACAAAAUGAGCAACUUAAAUGACAUUUAUAAUAAUGCACAUGAAUACCUUCCUACUGUAAUCACGGAUCCGACGGCUGCCGUUAACCAGUGGGCCGAUGCCUCGAUGUCGUUUCUGUUAGGAACACAUGAAACUGAAGGAAUUGCUUCUUACCUGAAACCUGGAGGUGAUCUAUUAGAUGAAAUGAAUGACUGGGUUAGGAGUCUGGCUGAAUAUUUAUUCCACAUGUUUGAAGAACUGUUGGAUGUUGUAAUCAUCGGUCCUCUGAAAAUGGUCGCUGAAGCAGCUGUGUACAUUUCAGACAUAGUCAAGGUCAACCUGAGCUCUUUCAUGGGAAUGUUCAAAGGGUUUGAAGUUUGGAUCCCUAAAACACGCACAAGUCCCAUGGAAUUCGCCAGCGAUGUUCUUGAACGAGCCCAAAACAUUGUUACACAUGUGUCCAACCUGUUCUCUGGGGAUAAAGGCGUUGUUUCUGACAUUAAAUUUGAUCCUAUGAAAGUCGUCACAGACACAGUGGAGGAAUUCUCUGACAGAAGGGAUAUGUUUUUAGCAUAUCUCUCUAAUAUCUUAAUGGAAAAUAAAGACGAGAUGCCACAUGUGAUCAGGAGAAAAGGAGAAUUUCUACCACCAAAGGAAAAAGUUCUAGAGCAAGAAAGAAUUGCGAUAGAGAAAAGAGCUCAAGAGGAAGUCUACAAAGCAAUUCAAGAAAUGCGAGAAGAAAAGGCUGUAGAAGAAAGAGAGAAACAAAUGAAGAAAGAUGAAGAAAAAGAGAAGACGAAAGAAGAGUUGAUUAAGGAAAUGAUGGAACUAAAAGAAAAGCCUGAAGUAAACAUAAGCAAGAUUGCAGAAAUUAAAGAAGCUGAAGACUUGGAUAAGAAGGUUAAUGUUAAAAUGAAAGGUGUAAAACUCGCCAUUGAGAAAGCAGAACCGCUCAUUGUGAAAAAAGAACAUAUAGCUGCUCCAAAAGAAAGGGCCAAACCAGGACCUGCUCCGAAAAAAGAGGCAAAAGUGGAACAUAGUCCAAUAAAGAGUGUAAAAUUAGAUCUUUCUUCUAAAACAGUGACAAAACCUGACGUUGCACCAAAGGAAAAAGUCAAACAUGAACCUGUUCCAAAAGAACUGGUAAAAACAGAACCUGGUCCACAAAAGAAGGCAACACUUGUACCUUCUCCAGAGAAGAAAGCAAAACCUGAAACUGCUCCAAAAGAAAAGAUAAAGCCAGAACCUGUUCCAAAAGAGAAGGCAAAACCUGAACCUACUCCAAAAGACGGGACAAAACCAAAAGCUCUUCCAAAAGAGAGGGUCAAACCUGAACCUGCUCCAAAAGAGAAGGUAAAACCUGAAUCUCUUCCGAAAGAGGAGGCUAAAGCCAAACCAGCCUCAAAAGAGAAAGCGGAACCUGCACCUACUCCAAAGAAGGCAAAACCUGAAACUACUACAAAAGAAAAGGUAAAACUUUUACCUACUACAAAAGAAAAAGUCAAACUCGUUCCAGAAGAGAAGGUAACACAUAAAACUGUUCCAAAAAAGAAGGUCAAACUUGAACCUAUUUUAAAAGAGAGAGAAAAACUAGAUUCUGCUCCAACUGAGAAACCCAAACCUUUCACAGAUGAAAAAGCAAAGCCUGAAGCUCUUUCAAAAGAGAAAGCCAAACCUGAACCUGUUCCAAAAGAGAAGGCACAACAUGAAACUGUUUCAAAAGAGAAGGUAAAGCCCGAACCUUCUCCAAAAGAACAGGCCAAACCCAAACAUACUCCAAAAGAGAAGGCCAAACCUGAGCCUAUUCAAAAACAGAAGGUACAACCUAAACCUUUUCCAAAGGAGAAGGUUAAAAUAGAACCUGCUCCAAAAGAGGAAUCUAAAACUGAACCUGCUCUAAAAGAGAAGGUAAAAACACAACCUGCUCCAAAAGAGGAAGCUAAACCUGAACCUGCCCCAAAAGAAGCGGUAACACCCAAAACUCCUCCAAAAGAAAAAGAAAAACCAGAACUUGCUUCAAAAGAAAAAGCAAAACCUGAACCUACUCCAAAAGAGAAGGGCAGACCAGAUCAUGUUCCAAAAAAGAAGGCCAAACAGGAACCUGCUCCAAAAGAGAAGGUAAAACAUGAGCCUGCUCCAGAAGAGAAAGUCAAAUUAGAGCCUGUUCCAAAAGUGAAGGGCAGACGAGAACAUGUUCCAAAAGAGACAGCCAAAUCAGAACCUGCUCAAAAAGAGAAGGUAAAACCUGAGCCUGCUCCAAAAGAGAAAGCCAAAAAAGAGCCUGCUACAAAAGAGAAGGCAAAACCAGUACAUGCUCCAAAAGGGAAGGCAAAACCAGAACUUGUUCCCAAAGAAAAGGCAAAACCAUCACCUGCACCAAAAGAGAAACUCAAACCUGAACCUGCUCCAAAAGAGAAGGCGAAACCAGUACCCCUACCCAAAGAGAGUGCAAAACCAGCACCUGUCCCCAUAGAAAAGGCAAAACCAUCACCUGUCCCCAUAGAAAAGGCAAAACCAGCAGCUGUUCCCAAAGAGCAGGCAAAACCAGUACCAGUUUCCAAAGAGAAAGCAAAACCAGUACCAAUUACCAAAGAGGAAGUAAAACCAGUACCAGUUUCCAAAGAGGAAGUAAAACCAGCACCUGUUGCCAAAACAGAGGCAAAACAAGCACCUGUUCCCAAAGAGGAGGAAAAACAAGUAGCAGUUCACAAAGAGGAAGCAAAACCAGUACAAGCACCAGUUUCCAAAGAGGAACUAAAACCAGUACCAGUUUCCAAAGAGGAAGCAAAACCAACACCUGUUCCCAAACAGGAGGCAAAACCAGCACCUGUUCCCAAAGAGGAGGCAAAACCAGCAUCUGUCCCCAAAGAGAAGGCAAAACCAGUACCGGUUCGUAAACAGGAGGCAAAACCAGUCACAGUUCCCCAAGGGGAGGCAAAACCAGCAUCUGUUUCCAAAGAGGAGGCAAAACCAGCACCAGUUCCUAAAAAGGAGGCAAAACCUGAACCUGCUCCAAAAGAGAAGGUAAAACCAGUACCAGUUCCCAAAGAACAGGCAAAGCCAGUACCAGUGUCCAAAGAGAAGGAAAAAUUUGCACCUGUUCCCAAAGAGGAGGCAAAACCAGUGCCAGUUCCAAAAGAGGAGGCAAAACCAGUACCAGUUCCUAAAGAGGAGGCAAAGCCAGUACCAGUGUCCAAAGAAAAGGCUAAAUUAGCACCUGUUCCCAAAGAAAAGGCAAAACCCGUGCCAGUUUCAAAAGAGGAGACAAAACCAGCACCUGUUCCUGAAGAGGAGGCAAAACCAGCACCUGUUCCCAAAGGGAAGGUAAAAACAACACCUGUACCAAAAGAACCAGUACCUGUUCCAAAAGAGGGGGCAAAACCAGUAACAGUUCCCAAAGAGAAGGUAAAACCAACACCUCUUUCCAAAGAGAAGGUAAAACCAGCACCAGUUCCCAAAGAGAGGGCGAAACCAGCACCUGUUCCCAAAGAAAAGGCAAAACCAGUACCAGUUCCCAAAGAGAAGGUGAAAUCAGUUCUGGUUUCCAAAGAAGAGGCAAAACCAGCACCUGUUUCUAAAGAGGAGGCAAAACCAGUAACUGUUCCCAAAGAGAAGGAAAAACCAGAACCCUUCCCCAAAGAGAAGGUAAAACCAGUACAAGUUCCCAAAGAGGAGGUAAAACCCACACCUGUACCCAAAGAGGAGGCAAAACCAACACCUGUACCCAAAGAAGAGGUAAAACCAGUACCUGUUUCCAAAGAGGAGGCAAAACCAGUACAGCUUUCCAAAAAGAAGGUAAAACCAACACCUCUUACCAAAGAGAAGGUAAAAUCAGCACCUGUUCUCAAAGAGAAAGUAAAACCAGUACAAGUUCCCAAAGAGAAGUCAAAACCAACACCUGUACCCAAAGAGGAGGCAAAACCUGUGCCUGUUCUAAAAGAGGAGGUAAAACCAGCACAUGUUUCCAAAGAGGAGGCAAAACCAGCACCUGUUCCUAAAAAGGAGGCAAAACCUGAACCUGCUCCAAAAGAAAAGGUAAAACCAGUACCAGUUCCCAGAGGGAAGGUAAAACCAACACCUGUACCAAAAGAAAAGGCAAAACCAGCACCUGUUCCCAAAGAGGAGGCAAAACCCGUACAAGUUCCCAAAGAUAAGGUAAAACCAACACCUCUUCCCAAAGAGAAGGUAAAACCAGCACCUGUUCCCAAAGAGAAGGUAAAACCAGUACAAGUUCCCAAAGAUAAGGCAAAACCCACACCUGUACCCAAAGAGGAGGCAAAACCAGUGCCUGUUCCAAAAGAGAAGGCAAAACCUGCACCUGUUCCCAAAGAGGAAGUAAAACCAGCAACUGUUCUCAAAGUGGAGGCAAAACCAAUACCAGUUUCCAAAGAGCAGGCAAAACCAACACCUGUUCCCAAAGAGAAGGCAAAACCAGUACCAGUUCCCAAAGAGAAGGUAAAACCAACGCCUGUUCCCGAAGAGAAGGUAAAACCAGCACCUGUUCUCAAAGAGGAGGCAAAACCAGUACCUGUUCCCAAAGAGAAGGUAAAACCAGCACCUGUUCUCAAAGAGGAGGCAAAACCAGUACCUGUUCCCAAAGAGAAGGUAAAACCAGCACCUGUUUCCAAAGAGAAGGUAAAACCAGUAAAAGUUCCCAAAGAUAAGGCAAAACCCACACCUGUACUCAAAGAGGAGGCAAAACCAGUGCCUGUUCCAAAAGAGAAGGCAAAACCUGCACCUGUUCCCAAAGAAAAAGUAAAACCAGCAACUGUUCCCAAAAUGGAGGCAAAACCAAUACCAGUUUCCAAAGAGCAGGCAAAACCAGUACCUGUUUCCAAAGAGAAGGCAAAACCAGUACCAGUUCCAAAAGGGGAGGCAAAAUCAGUACCUGUUCCCAAAGAGAAGGUAAAACCAACACCUCUUCCCAAAGAGAAGGUAAAACCAGCACCUGUUCCCAAAGAGAAGGUAAAACCAGUACAAGUUCCCAAAGAUAAGGCAAAACCCACACCUGUACCCAAAGAGGAGGCAAAACCAGUGCCUGUUCCAAAAGAGAAGGCAAAACCUGCACCUGUUCCCAAAGAGGAAGUAAAACCAGCAACUGUUCUCAAAGUGGAGGCAAAACCAAUACCAGUUUCCAAAGAGCAGGCAAAACCAACACCUGUUCCCAAAGAGAAGGCAAAACCAGUACCAGUUCCCAAAGAGAAGGUAAAACCAACGCCUGUUCCCGAAGAGAAGGUAAAACCAGCACCUGUUCUCAAAGAGGAGGCAAAACCAGUACCUGUUCCCAAAGAGAAGGUAAAACCAGCACCUGUUCUCAAAGAGGAGGCAAAACCAGUACCUGUUCCCAAAGAGAAGGUAAAACCAGCACCUGUUCCCAAAGAGAAGGUAAAACCAACACCUGUUUCCAAAGAGGAGGUAAAACCAACACCUGUACCCAAAGAUAAGGCAAAACCAGUACCUGUUCCCAAAGAGGAAGCAAAACCAUUACCAAUUACCAAAAAGAAGGCAAAACCAGCACCUGUUCCCAAAGAGACGGUAAAACCAGCACCUGUACCCAAAGAGGAGGCAAAAUUAGUACAAGUUCCCAAAAAGAAGGUAAAACCAGCACCUGUACCCAAGGAGGAGGCAAAACCAGUACAAGUUCCCAAAGAGAAGGCAAAACCAGCACCUGUACACAAAGAGGAGGCAAAACCAGUACCUGUUCCCAAAGAGAAGGUAAAACCAGCACCUGUUCCCAAAGAUAAGGCGAAACCAGCACCUGUUCAUGAAAAGAAGGCAAAACCAGCACCUGUUCCCAAAGAGAAGGUAAAACCAGCACCUGUUUCCAAAGAGACGGUAAAACCAGCACCUGUUCUCAAAGAGAAGGCAAAACCAACACCUGUACCCAAAAAGGAGGCAAAACCAGUACCAGUUCAUAAAGAGAAGGCAAAACCAGCACCUGUUCCCAAAGAGAGGGCAAAACCAGCACCUGUUUCUGAAAAGAAGGCAAAACCAGCACAUAUUCCCAAAGAGAAGGCAAAACCAGUGCCAGUUCUCAAAGAGAAGGCAAAACCAGUACCCGUUCUUAAAGAGAAGGUAAAACCACUUGCAGCAAAACCAGUACCUGUUCCCAAAGACAAGGUAAAACCAGUUCCUGUUUCCAAAGAAGAGGUAAAACCAGCAACUAUUCUCAAAGAGAAGGCGAAACCAGUACCAGUUCCCAAAGAGAAGGUAAAACCAGUAGCAGUUUCCAAAGAGGAGGCAAAACCAAGACCUGUUCCCAAAGAUAAGAUAAAACCAGUACCUGUUCCCAAAGAGGAGGCAAAACCAGUAGCAGUUCUCAAAGAAAAGGCAAAACCAGUAACAGUUCCCAAAGAGAAGGUAAAACAAGUAUCAGUUUCCAAAGAGAAGGCAAAAUCAGUACCUGUUCCCAAAGCAAAGGUAAAACAAGUAGCAGUUUCCAGAGAGACAGCAAAACCAGUACCAGUUCCCAUAGAGAACGUUAAACAAGUAGCAGUUCCCAAAGAGAAGGCAAAACCAGUUCUUGUUCCCAAAGAGAAGGCAAAACCAGUACCUGUUUUCAAAAAGGAUGCAAAAUCAGCAUCUGUUCCUAAAGAGAAGGUAAAACCAGUAGCAGUUUCCAAAGAGGAAGCAAAACCAACGCCUGUUCCCAAAGAGAAGGUAAAACCAGUACCUGUUCCCAAAGAGGAGGCAAAACCAGUACCUGUUCCCAAAAUUAGGGCAAAAGCAGCACCUGUUCCCAAAGAGAAGGCAAAACCAGCACCUGUUUCCAAAGAAAGGGCAAAACCAGCACCCGUUCCGAAAGAGAAGACAAUUGGAAUGCCUAAAGCUGAAUUAGCUACAAAAGUGAAGCUAAAACCAGAACCUGCAAGAAAAGAAAAGGCAAAAACCGAACCUCCUCCAAAAGAAAUAGUAACAACCAAAACUGUUCCAAAAGAGAAGGCAACAUCUGAACUUGCUUCAAAAGAGAAGGCAAAACAAACACCUGUUCCCAAAUGGAAGGCAAAACCAGAACUUGCUCCAAAAGAGAAGGCCAAAUUUGUGCCUUCUCCUAAGAAAGAGGCAAAAGUGGUCAAAGAAGAGGUCCCAGUGAAGAAAGUUGUUGCAGCUAUAAAGGAGAAAGCAAAACCAAUUCCAUCUAAAAAAGAAGCAGAAGAAGUAGCAAAGGCAAAAGUCAAGCCAGUUAAAAAAGAGCCACAAGUUGCUAAAGAAAAAACGAUCCCUGUGGUGUAUCCCAGUGCCAAAGAUAUCGCCAUGGAAGUGGAGCUCCUAAAAGCCAUCAACCAAAAAUUAAGCAUUUUGGAUUUAUUGAGGAAAGAUAUCGGUGAGAUAAGAACCGAUCUGGAGGUCACUCAAAGCCAAAUUGAUCAAUUACGGAUGGACAAUCAAACGCUCAAAGAGCUUCAAGAAUUCAAGGAGAAAGCCAAACCUGCAGUGAUGAAGAAAGGACGUGGACUCUUGAAAGAGAAGCUUAAAAUAUCUACAGUGGUUAAAGGACGUGAGGUACUGAAGAACAUUACUAAAGCAACCACUGUGAAGAAAGAGCGGGUGCUAAAGAACAUCACUAAAACGGCGUUUGCAAAGAAAGAAAAACAAGCUCCUGAAGAAAGGGUCAGGCUUGAACCUAAAAAGAAAGAAAUUCUAAAAGAGAAAAUCACCCCAGUGAAGAAGCUUCAAGAAAAAGAAAAACCCACUGAGGUAAUAUUACCUGAGGAGAAGGAAAUAAAAGAACCUGAACCUGAGGUGACCAAGGCUCCUGAGCCAGCAGAAGAGGAAGAAGUCCCCUACUUUCAGUGUUUCUACGUGGAUGAAUACGACAUCCAGUAUCCCUUCUUCCCAUUUUCACCACCUUUCUUAUGAGGGUCACCUGCAACACCAUGUUUGAAACUUUGACUGUGAUCUACACAACAACCUUCAAAGGUUACUUAUACAUGGUUCCUCUUCCAUGUUGAAGUUGAGGGGGUUUAAAGAACUAGAUGAGCUUUCAAAAAACGGGACAUUACAGGAAAUUCCAUUUAAGGUCUAAUCGUGUGCCUUGUUUUAGCGAAGUUUAUAGACUAUAGACUUUUUAAGUGUUAGGUUUUGUCAAUAUGGAAACUGCGUCGCGUUCUAUAGAAGUAGUUCAAAGCAAACAGCUUGUCCUGUUUCACGUUUUUUACACUGAAUGUGAGUCUUAAACGGAAGCAGAACUGUGUGUCCAUGAAAGCUCUGAAGACAACGAUGGUGACAAGGAGGAAAAAAAACACUCGCUUGGCCACAGAAAACUUUGCACUGUGUUCAAAGACGAGGUUUUAAUACCCGGACGUACAUUGUAGCCGUGCCUCAUUUUGAUCGAGUGCCAUAACUUUCGGCUACAUUUUAUCAAAAUGAUGGAUGAAAUAUAUUUCCAAUGAUUAUGUAACAAAUAAGUUGCAGCCACCAAAGGUAAAAUCAGUGAACCGCAACUUAAGAGUGGAUUAGUGAUAUCCACCAAGUUGUCUGAAAAGUGUCAGUGUAAAUUUGGUGUAAAUGUAAUGUUUAAAGUUUGAUAAAUGCUGAUGUUCCCAAUUGAAUCUUUGUAGCUGGAUUUUUAUAAUUUGUAUUAUUGUACAUUAUUCGCCUUAUUCCUAGCUAUUCACAUCAGUUAGUAAAUUCUUACGGAUAUUCUUACGAUUAUGGGACCUUGAUAUUAGAUUUUCUUAGAAGAUUUGUUGAAUUCAUAAGGCCAUCCAGAGCCAUCAUUAUUUAUUAAUCAGACAAUUUAAUCACAAAGCUGUGAUUCGAGUUCUAGUCCUAAACAAAGUCCUAGUAACAAAAGUAAAACCGAUGUGUUACAUUAGAAAUACGUGAGUCUGCAUAUGGUAUAAUGCAAAUGAACAAAAUACAACAAGGUGUGCUGUUAUGGUAAAAAAAAAUUAUAUACUAACUUGAUAUUUUUUCUCAUGACAGCCUUAACCAAAACUUUUAUUCCUUUUAUUUCACAACAGAAAUUUCCGAAGUGAUAAAAUAUUUUAAUAAAUAGCAAGUUCUACAGA